UGUGCAAAUAUGUUGCUGUGGAGCUGAAGUCAGCCUUUGAGGAAACUGGCAAGACCAAGGAGGUGAUUGACACAGGCUAUGGCAUCCUGGACCGGAAGGCCUCUGGAGUCAAAUACACAAAGUCGGACUUACGGUUAAUUGAAGUCACUGAGACCAUUUGCAAGAGGCUCCUGGACUAUAGUCUGCACAAGGAGAGGACCGGGAGUAACCGGUUUGCCAAGGGCAUGUCAGAGACCUUUGAGACGCUACACAACCUGGUACACAAAGGAGUCAAGGUGGUGAUGGACAUCCCCUAUGAGCUGUGGAACGAGACCUCUGCAGAGGUGGCUGACCUCAAGAAGCAGUGCGACGUGCUGGUGGAAGAGUUCGAGGAGGUGAUCGAGGACUGGUACAGAAACCACCAGGAGGAGGACCUGACCCAAUUCCUCUGUGCCAACCAUGUGCUGAAGGGAAAGGACACCAGUUGCCUGACAGAGCGGUGGUCUGGCAAGAAGGGGGACACAGCCACCCUGGGAGGGAAGAAGUCCAAGAAGAAGAGCAGCAAGGCCAAGGCAUCAGGUGGCCAGAGUAGCAGCAGCAGCAAGCAGAGGAAGGAGCUGCAUGGCCUUGAGGGAGACCCCGGCCCCGAGGAGGACGAGGGCAUCCAGAAGGCAUCCCCGCUUACACAUAGCCCCCCUGAUGAGCUUUGAGCCUAACCCAGUGUCCCCUGUACGGAGACUCCUGUUCUCAAAGCUGAAGCGUCUAGGGCCUGGCUCUGGCGGGCACAGAUGGCUUUCCCAGCUUCAGGGCCUCGCUGCCUCACCUGUGCCCUCUUCCCACCAAGGAAAGGCACAAGCUCCAGGAAGAAUUCAGAGCAGCCAUGGGCAGCCUGCACCAGCCUUUUCCCUCUGCCAAGCAUUUCUCUCCUGACACAGGCUUGGGGCAGGCCAUGCCGUUUCAGGAUUGCGAGGACUCCAGCGUGAACUCAGGAGGGGCAGGUGUCAGAGCUGGGCACCAGGACUGGAGCCCAUGAGGAGGGCAUGCCUGGCCUUCACUGCUCCCCUCACUCCUGCCCCCACAGGGAAGCAAGACUGCAGCACCCCACAGCUCCCCCUCUGCCCACCGCUCCUGUGGACACCUUCACUCUGCCUGGCCCUCCUCCAGGGCUCACAGAGUAAAAGCCUUUCGGCCUUUUGGUUCUGA